GGUACCAUGGAAGAACGGAUUUACAAGCGCCAGGUCACGAAGGAGUCGACAUCACUGCGUGUGGUUGAUGAAGCACAAAUCCAGCGACAUUUCGCGGGUCUUGAUUUGUUGGAACUGUACAAGUUUGAUCCGGAUGAGUUGCCGAAUGAUGGAAACACUUCAACAAAAUCACUGAUGGCGCCACCGAAAGAUCGAAUGUUGGCUGAUAUCAUCCUAUCACAUAAUGAUUGCAUCGUGAAUUACAUCCUGCAUGACUCAUUGUUCGAAAAUCUGGAAGAGGAGAAGCUCACCGAUCAGGAAUGUAGGGAAGCCUGGGAAGAUUAUGAGAGAGAGAAGUCUGGUUUGGUUCGGAACAAUGGCAUGUUCAACGACAAUGUAGCUAUGAUGCAGGAGUUUGACACUAAUUGCGCCAAAUCUGUGAGGCAAUACUGA